AUGCAGAAGGAGCAUGGAUUUUUUAUUGUUGCACUUAUGGAACCAAAGCAAAAACAGAAGUUUUUUCAGAAGUAUAGAAGAAGGUUAGGUAUGGAAGCUGUAAUAUCAAAUGUGAAUGAAAAGAUUUGGUUGUUCUUUGAUGCUGUGGUUGAAUGGGAUCUGUUGAUAGAUACUGAGCAACAAAUGACCAUCAGAGUGUACCAUCAAGAGCUUGUUGGAGGUGAUUUCAAUGUAGUGAUGGGAGAGGAAGAGAAAAUAGGUGGACUACCAGUUUAUCCUCCUGAAUAUGAAGAUUUUGCCUUUUGUGCCAAUUCCUGUGGCUUGUUUGAUCUUGGAUACAAGGGAAGUCCUUUCACAUGGUGGAAUGGAUCAGAUCAUGCUCCCUUAUUGAUGAGCUGUGGAGAAGAAGCAAUGAAGUUUGUGAAGCCAUUCAAGUUCUUGAACUUUUGGACAAAACAUGAGGCCUUCCUAGAGGUGGUGAAGCAGAACUGGAUUGCAGAUUUUAUUGGAGAUCCAUUCUUGAUGUUUAAGCAGAAGUUGAAGAGGGUUAAGAUUGCUUUAUCAAAAUGGAGCAAAGUAACCCAUGGGGAUAUUUACAAGCAACUGGCCAUCAGAGAAGAUGUGGCGAGGAUUAAGGAGAUGCUGUUUGAGGAAGAUCCCUCUUCUGAAAAUAGAAUUGUACUUCAACAAGCACAGGCAGAACUGAAGAAGUAUUUGAACAUUGAAGAACAAUACUGGAAACAAAAGGCAGGCAUGACUUGGUUUGAAGAAGGAGAUAGAAACACAAGUGAUGGUGCAUGGAUAGAAGAUCAAAACAAGUUAUCAGAGGCUGCCAUAGAGUUCUUCCAGAAACAAUUCACUAAUGAAGGGGAUUCCACAAGCUUUGAGUUGCUGAACAAUGUUCCUACAAUGGUGACAAGAGAACAAAACAUGGAAUUAUGUAGAUUGCCAACUGAGAAGGAGGUCAAGGAUGCUGUGUUUGCAUUGAGUAGUGAAAGUGCAAGUGCACCAGAUGGUUUUUCAGGUUUGUUCUUUCAAGUAUGCUGGGAUAUUGUGGGGCUGGAUAUUCACUCAUUGUUAGUGUUAUUCUUUGAGGGUAGUCCAUUGCCUAAAUCAAUAACACAUACAAAUCUGGUAUUACUGCCUAAGAAACCUCAAGUUCAAACAUUUUCUGACCUUAGACCUAUUAGCUUGAGUAAUUUUGUCAACAAAAUCUUCUCAAGAGUAGUUCAUGAUAGACUUGAAAAGAUAUUGCCCUCAUUGAUCUCAUUGAACCAGUUUGGUUUUGUCAAGGGAAGGAGCAUCUUUGAGAAUAUUUUGUUGACACAGGAGAUUGUUACUGACAUAAGAUUGAGAGGAAAGCCAGCCAAUGUUGUGAUCAAGUUAGAUAUGGCCAAGGCAUAUGAUAGGGUGUCUUGGAAAUAUUUGAUGCAUGUACUGAGGAAGAUGGGGUUUGGAGAAUGCUUUAUAAACAUGGUGUGGAAUCUGAUUUCUAACAAUUGGUAUUCAGUGAUGGUGAAUGGUCAGGCCUCAGGAUUUUUUCAUUCAACAAGGGGUGUGAAGCAGGGAGAUCCUCUUUCCCCAGCUUUGUUUAUUCUGUCAGCAGAAGUGUUGUCAAGAUCCUUGAACAAAUUGUACGAUGAUAGGCAGUUUAGAGGAUUUGGGAUGCCAAAGUGGUCUGAUCCUUUGAAUCAUCUUGCUUAUGUAGAUGAUACUAUUAUUUUUGCAUCAGCUGAUCCAUACUCCCUUCAGAAGAUAGUUGAUGUCUUGGCACUGUAUGAGAGAACCUCUGGUCAGCUGAUUAAUAAGGCAAAGAGUUCCUAUUAUGUGCACUCAAAGAUUGCUGCAGAUUUGAAGAAUGCAGUAGCUACUUUCACUGGAUUUUCUAAAGGUACCUUCCCAUUUACAUACCUUGGAUGUCCAAUAUUUUAUACAAGGAGAAGGAAGAACUACUAUAAUGAUUUGAUUCAGAAGGUGAAAGCAAAGCUGCACUCAUGGAAAGGGAAGCUUCUAUCAUAUGGAGGUAAGGCUACAUUGAUCUCAAGUGUACUGCAAAGUAUACCAACACACAUAUUAUCAGUACUUGAUCCACCAGAUAAUGUGAUUGAACAUCUCCAUAAAAUAUUCACAAGAUUUUUCUGGAGUAAUAAGGAAGAAGGGAGAAGUAGGCAUUGGACAAAGUGGCAGAACCUAUGUCUCCCUAAGGAGGAAGGGGGAAUAGGUUUCAGAUCUUUGUUUGAUGUCUCUAAGGCUGUAUUUGCAAAACUUUGGUGGAGAUUCAGGACCUCCAAAUCAUUAUGGUCCAACUUCAUGUGGAAUAAGUAUUGCAAGAAGGAAUUGCCAACUGUGGUUCAGUUUAGGGAGGGGUCACAUGUGUGGAGGAAAAUGCUAGAAGCUAGAGAUGAGGUGGAGCAUGAAAUUCUAUGGGAAAUGAAUAGGGGCUCUACUAAUAUAUGGCAUGAAAAUUGGACUGGAUUGGGAGCAUUGUAUCAUGUAUUACCUCCAGAUUUUCAUAUUAAUGAGGAGCUACAGGAGGUGUCUGAGUUGAGAGGUGAAGGUCAAUGGAAUGAUGCAAUGCUGGAUCAAACUUUCCCAUUGGAGAUUGCAGAUCACAUUAGAGAAGAGGUGCAUUUUGCAGCAACUGAUGAAUAUUGGGUCACUCCUAGGUGGAUGCCUACACCCUCAGGGAAGUUUACAGUGAGUAGUGGAUGGAAGAUUUUGAGACAUAGAGAGCCAAGUAAUUCAGACUAUGCAAAGCUAUGGACAAAAGGACUUCCUUUCAAAAUCUCAUUCUUCUUUUGGAGAGUUUGGAAAGGAAAGUUUCCUACAGAUGAUAUAUGGAGAGGAGGGGGAUACAUGGUGGUGUCUAAGUGCUGGUGUUGCUUGCCACCUAAGGAAAACUCAUUUCAGCACUUGUUUCUCACAAGUGAUACUGCAAAAAAGGUGUGGAGUACUUUCAGUCAGGCUGCAGGUUUGGUGGUCAACAUGGUGCAAGUUCAUCAAGUCAUAAAGGAAUGGUGGAAUGCAAAAUAUUGUCCUAAGUUAAAGCCUCUAUUUCAGGCCGCUCCAGCAGUAAUUCUGUGGGAGAUAUGGAAGAGAAGGAAUACAAUCAAGCAUGGAGGAUCAGUGUCUUGCAGUAGAGUUAUUCAUGAGGUAAACAAGACAUUGUACUAUCUGGCAAAAGUAAGGUAUCCUUGGCUUCCUGGGAUUCCAUUGUUGUGGCCUGAGAUGAUCAGAUUCUUUGAGCAAUAUAAACCUGUUAUAGUGACAAGAAGGGUUACAUGGCAGCUUUCAUAUGAAGGCUGGUUCAAAUGCAAUACAGAUGGUGCAUCAAGGGGGAAUCCAGGUCCUAGCUCGUAUGGCUUUUGUGUGAGGGAUCACAGAGGAGAUUUGAUAGAUGCCAGGGCAAGGGAGAUAGGUGACACAACAAAUAUUGUAGCUGAAGCAAUCAUGGAGACUGACUCUUUGGUACUGUUAACUUUCAAUCAUUUCAAGAAUUACCAUCUGAAGGAAGAACGUUGA